AUUCAACUUGGUUUAAAGAUGGAGAGACGGUUGCCAGUGUAGAAGGAUCACUCAUUUUCAUUUCCAUGCAUAAAAUCAUGCGCGCGAUAACGUGCUUUUCAAAGGUCAUUGUCAAGAAGCAAUUGUUUAUAGAAAUUCCGUAGGGUGUUUUAAAUGUAUUGACACACUUGCAGUGUGCACUGGUCAGUAAAUGUUUUCCAGCCGUGUGCUGCAUCAUGCUCACCCCACAUGGAAUUGCCAUAGGAAAAGUAAUGCUAGAGUACUAGUCACAAGUUAAAAGCUGCCCAAAUUCGUGCUCAUGCUUAUAAUUUUGUGAUAAAAUCUGUCAUAAAUGAUGACCAUUUUGCCAGUGGAGUUUCUGGAUGACUAUUUUACCAUGUUAAAAUGUGAAAAUACAUCCUUCUCUUGGAAGUGAUUAAUUUUGAGUGCCUUUGAAUAAAUUUAAUCUAUGUAACCAGGUCAGGAUUGACUAGAUGUCUAGCAGCGAGGAGAGUGAAGAUGAUAAUUGGGGGCUACCAGCACCCUCCUCGGGGCCCAAGAUGGAGAGAUGUCUCUUGGGGAAGACAGAACUCCUACUUCCAGAGGCUAUGCUGGAACAGAGUCACAUCUUUAAAGAUGUGUUGAGCAUGGACACCUGGAAGAAUGUUUUGACUGAAGGACAAAAGACACACUUAAAGACUUUAUUACCAACCUUUCCUUCUGAUGAUUCGGCUGAGAAGGAAGCAUGUCUGAAGAAAUUAUUUGGGAAUGAGAAUUUUAAGUUUGGAAAUCCCUUGUCUCAGCUUCAAGCAAAAAUGAGAGAUGGGUUUUGUUCACCUGAUAUUGCCAAGUAUGCCAGCAUAUGUCGGAACUUUAAGUAUCGAGAGUAUAAACAUAGACAGCAGAGAUACUACUCCAAGCUCCUGAAGGAUAUCUUGUUAUCCAGGCAGAAAGCAUAUGAUGAAAUUCAGAGAGUGCCACCAGGUGGCCAGUUACAAAUUACCCAUAAUCCUCCUGCCAAGCCAAAACGGAGUUCUGUUGAGCACAGAUCUAAAAAGAAAUAUGUCAGGUUAAUGAAGGAAGUCAGACAGGAAUGUGGGAUGGAGGAAACCUCAUCAGAGGAAGAAGAUCUAGCAGUGUCUGCCCAGGGGUCCAGGAAGCAGCUGUUUAAGUCGGCCUGCCCCGUCCCCUCCCCAGAGCCCACUGUGCCCAGCGUGGUACACACCUUCUCCUCCAAACCUAUGCUAGUCAAUGGGGACAUCACAGGACAUGGGGAUGGCCAGCCAGUGAAGAGGCAGCGUCCAUUUAGUCCAGUGGAAGUAACAGAAGAGGACUACAGAAAUCUACUGAGAAACCACAAGAGGAAAAAACUGAUGGCAUCACAGGAGGACCACCCUGAUUUAAAUACUGACUCCAUUACUCUACAUGAUAUCAUGAUAAGAUGUCAGGCCACCAACAAAAGCAGUCCAAAAGAGAUUGUUUCCCCUUCAGACACAAAUUCUUCAAGCGUGAGCAAGAAGAAAAAAAUAAAAUCAAGGGACAAGUCGGAGAAGAAAUUAAAGAAAGUAUUAAAGAUAAAAAAAGAGGGUCUGGAUUAUACCUCCCAGUCCCUCAACUACAGUGAGGAUGAAUCUCUGUCACCCAUCAAUCUGGACAUCAAAGAGGAGCCCCUCCCAGAUCUAUUUCAACAAGAUAAUGCUUUAUCAAAGAUUCCGACCUCUUACAGCCUGUACACAAACUUCUUCAGUCUGCUCCGUGACAUGGUGACUGAAUUUGAUGAUGGAAAGGCAACUACAGCUAAGAUGGAGGAGAAAGUACGAGAAUGGCAGGAAUCAGGUUCUGCUACAAAAAAUGUCUGGUUCACUCUGAUUCCUAACUGGGUGGACUGCGUGCUUCAGGCCCUCAAAUUCCUGGCUGGAGAUCUUAUUGAUGUCUCCCCUCCAAACUUUGUGCCAUUCGUGGACUACAAGGAGAGGGCCCAACAGUGGAGGUGGAUCGGUGCAGGGAGGGACUCAGAUGACAACAUGGCGGCCCUGUUUAAACACUUCAUCACCAAUCGUAAAGAGGGAAAUUGUGAUCUGUAUGAAGGGGGGCCAAGUUCAACUCCACCUCCCAGGAGUAAAACAGGUUAUGUUGUCAAAUCCACGACAGAUGAAGAAAAGGCACAGUUUAGAGAACAGGAGGCCCGUAGAUUUAUGAACCCUCACAAAGCCUUUACGUACAAGAUGCACAACUAUGAGUCAGUGGUCGGACCAGUCAAAGGGGUGUACACCAAAGAUAACUCAAACAACAAGGCUCGAGAGCAUGCUCUCCUGGUGUCCAACAGGCCUUCAUUCGUCACCAUACUCACUCUGGUGAGGGACUCUGCGGCCAGACUGCCCAAUGGUGAGGGGACUCGCGGGGAGAUAUGUGAACUCCUCAAAGACUCCCAGUUCCUGGCUCCAGGUGUUACAGAUGCUCAGAUCAAUGUGGUGGUUAGUGGUGCUUUAGACAGAUUACACUCGGAAAAAGAUCCUUGUGUCAAAUAUGAUGUCAACCGCAAACUGUGGAUCUACUUACACAGGAGCCGCUCGGAGGAGGAAUUUGAGAAAAUUCACCAGGCCCAUGGUGCUGCGCAGAAAGCCAAAAAGUCACUUCAGAAACCAAAGGCCCAAAAAUCGAGCAAGGUGAAGGACACACCUUUAAGCCUGUCUACCUCAGUAUCCAGCCCUAGUCUGAAGUCUGCUUUGAGCAGAGACACGCUGAAUGUGGAGGAUAGUUCAUCUUUGAAUCCAGCCAGUCCUUCUGUGAUCCAGAGUCCCAAAUCUAGUGGCAGUCCCUCUGUGAACCAGACUAGCCCCCGAGUCCUGUCUAACAGCACUCCCAGGUCUACAGCUAACCAAGCUACUAUAGCGGCCCUGAAGAAUGCGGUCAGUGCUGGCACUGUGCCAGGUUCCCAGGGUAAUGUCCUCCACUCUCAGUCUGCUGCCACAAUCCGCCUUCACCUCCAGCAGCAGCAGGCACUGCAGCAGAAAGCAGCCUCUGCUGCCAGCACACCAAACAAAUCCACAGCUAAGCCUGCCUCUCCAUCAGUCACUCUUGGCUCCCCCCGAGUUGAGGCCCCUCAGGGUCUCCCUCAUUCCGUACAACUAGGACUUCUACAGAGUCUGCGAGGUGCCAGUCCCAACAUCACCCAAAACAUCACCAGUGCUCUACGCCAGGAGCUGCUGGCCCAGCAUCAGAAUGCCAGCAGUCCUAAGGCCUCACCCACCAUUAGUUCACCAAACAUCAACAAGGUCACAGAGAAAAUCACCAUGGCUGCCACCUCAACCAGCACUGUGACCUCUACCCCUAGUGCACAGCUGGUCACUCGCCUAGUUCAACAAAUGUCUGGGAAUCAGAUGGUCAACAUGGGUAACUUACUGACCGCCCAGAGAGUUCAGGGGCCCCGGGGGAACAUCCCUACAACUCUAAAGAUACAAGGUGGUAACCUGCUCCAGCCUGUAGGGGGUGGUAAACCAAUUCAGCUGGCAGGUAAACCCUUGUCCCAGGCAAGAGGACAGCUCCUACAGAUCACAGGAAAGGGGGGCCAGCAGCUGAUACAAACACCCCAAGGUGCCUUACCCAUUAGCAUAAUCCCGCAGGGGGGCGGGGCUGCUGGGGUCGUGACCUUGAGUCAGUCAAGGACACCACUAGAAUCCAGUGUGACUGGAGGCCCUACCAUUCAAACAAUCACGCGUACAUCUCAGGGAAAUCCAGCCACCUCCUCAUCUCAACCAAAAGUGGUCACUCCCUCUGCGGGGGGCAUUGUGGUGACACAGCUGCCGCCAGGUCUGACCCUCCGCCCCGGUGGCCUCUCUGUGACCAGUCAGGGUAAGGUGGUCAGUGGGGCUCAUGCAGGGGGGCAGGCGGGGCUGCUCUCACAAAUCAUCAUGCAGUCCUCUGGCGUCCUCACUGGCACCAACACCUCACAAGUACAGAGCAUAGCUGGGGGUGUACCAUUAUUAGUUAGUGGCACUGGUGGGAAGCCAGGACAAAAUAUACAAGUGGUACGGACAGUGUUAGGUCAACAGGCCAAUCUAAAACCCGGACAAGCCACAAUUCUCAUAUCUCAACCCACUCUACAAUCAAAUGCUAAUGUGAUUCAUGCAGGACAAUUGAUUCAGAGCUCCGCCAAAGGGAAGGCAGGCUCUGGGAAAGCCCCGCCUGUUUAUGCAAGGAUAAUUACACCACCGCCAAAUCAGAAACAAGGGGCAGGGACUAACUCCCCCCAGCCCCCUGCUGCUGUGAGUGUCCUUCAGACUGUGAAUAAAUUGAUCUCUGUCGCUAAUGCAGCGGCAACACCUGUCUCCCCAGCCUCCGCCUCCCCCACCCCCAAGACAACGACGGACACGACUCAGACUAUUACCGUGGAACUGCCGUCUGAUGGCCACUCAUGACAGAGCCGGCGUUGACCUAGUUAACACAGUGUAGCAUUUCCUAGUUACUAUCACAUUUCUAUGGCAACAAUUCAAUGCAUUAUUUUCCGAACGUUUUCGUUGAAGUAAUAAUCAUUUGAUACGAUGUACCGAAUUUAAAGUGCAUUUGUGAAGUUGCAAGGACUGAGUUGUAAUAAAAACAGAAGAUAUAUAUUUACUUUAUAAUAGGUUAAUGUAUUGUAAAAUUUCAUUCAACAUCAUAUGCAGAAAUCCAUAAGAAAUGUGAACAUAUCAUGAUUUACUGAGUGCAUUUGAAUGCAGAAAAGUCUGUAAAUUGGUUUGAAUUCUUUACCUUUGCUUUAAGUUCCAAACUGACAUUCGGGAUAUUUAUUUUAUUGUGCCCUGCAUUAUUAUAAAUUUAUAAAGUUAUUUAGGAGACUAAUGUUCAGAAAUCUGAUGCAGAUGAACUUUUGAUAAUGAAUUGCUGUUUCAUUUAAUGAUUUGUGAUAUUGUGGCUAGAUAGUUAUUUUUAAUAUUUAUUAAGAUAUAUUUUUUUUAUAUAUAAAAAAAUGAAAUAGUAAAAGAAAUAUAUUGGUUGUCCAUCUUCACUUUUAGAUGCAAUAAAUCUUUAGUAUACACAUCAUAUAUCAUACCUAUUUGUAUAUAUACAAAUCAUUUGUAAUUAUAUAAGAUUUGUAAAGAUUGUUAAGUUUGGAUUUAAGAAUCUCUUCAGAUGAACAAUGUGAAUAAAAAUAUGGUAAUGUUGACAUUGUUUAAAGUUGUAAAAUAUAUUUUCCCCCUA